AUGAGUGAGGGCGGUUUGAGCCCCGGAGCCGGAGCUCCUCCUGUUUCUCUGUGUGGUUUUACUUUGAGUCGCGUGAAACAAGGAAACUGAAUGAGAAGCUCCGGACAUCAUCGACCUGACAUCAGGGAGGGCAAACAUCGAAGUGUUCCCGGGAGAAGAGAGAGCAGCAGCAGCAGCAGCAGCAGCGUGUGGAGUCCAGUGAGCUGCCGGUGAACUAAACGUAUUCUCAGGGGGAUGGUGGUUCCAUAUGAAGGCCAGUCUUUCUCUGCACUGAGGAGGCAGUGCCAACAGAAUGGAGCUCUGUUUGAAGACCCUCUGUUUCCCACGUCCGACCAGUCUUUGUUCUACCAGAGCAACCGCAUCGGCCGGGUCACCUGGAAAAGGCCUAAGGAGUUGAGCGGCGACCCCCAUCUGUUUGUGGAUGGCAUCAGUGCCCACGACCUGCACCAGGGCCAGCUGGGAAACUGCUGGUUCGUAGCCGCCUGCUCCAGCCUGGCCUCCAGGGAGGCACUGUGGCAGAAGGUGAUUCCUGACUGGAAGGACCAGGAGUGGGAUAAAGAAAAACCGGAGUCAUACGCCGGGAUCUUCCACUUCCAGUUCUGGCGGUUUGGUGAGUGGGUGGACGUGGUGAUCGAUGACCGGCUGCCCACGGUGAACGGAGAGCUGGUGUACUGCCACUCCAAUGACAGCAACGAGUUCUGGAGCGCACUGGUGGAGAAGGCCUACGCCAAGAUGUGUGGAUGCUACGAGGCGCUGGAUGGGGGCAACACGGCCGACGCCCUCGUGGAUUUCACCGGGGGCGUGUCGGAGCCAAUGGACUUGGAGGAGAACGGCUUCAAAGACGAUGAAGAGAAACGCAACGAGCUGUUUGAGAGAGUACUGAAAGUGCACAACAGAGGAGGCCUCAUCAGCUGCUCCAUCCGGGCAACCAGUGCAGCGGACAUGGAAGCCAGGCUGGACUGCGGCCUGGUGAAGGGUCAUGCCUACGCGGUGACGGACGUCCGCAGGGUGAGGCUGGGCCACGGCCUGUUGGCCUACUUCAGGUCCGACAAACUCACCAUGAUACGCAUGAGGAACCCCUGGGGACAGAGAGAGUGGAACGGGCCCUGGAGCGACAGCUCUGAGGAGUGGCAGAAGGUCAGUAAGAGUGAGAGGGAGAGGCUCGGUGUCACCGUGCAGGAUGACGGCGAGUUCUGGAUGACGUUUGAUGAUUUUAUCAUUAACUUCACAGACCUCAUCCUGUGUCGUCUCAUCAAUACGUCCUACCUGAGUCUCCAUAAGACCUGGGAGGAAGCUGUGAUGCGGGGCUCCUGGCGUCGCCAUGACGACCCACUUCUCAACCGAGCCGGGGGCUGCACCAACAACAAGCAGUCCUUCCUCCAGAACCCACAGUACGUGUUCGAUGUGAAGAAGCCGGAGGACGAGAUCUUGAUCUGUCUGCAGCAGAAAGACCGCAGAGCCAGACUGAGAGAGGGGCGAGGAGAAAACCUGGCCAUUGGCUUCGACAUCCACAGAGUGGAGUUGAACAGGACGUACCGUAUGCAUGUCACCCAGCAGAAGGUUGGUGGGAGCAUCUACAUCAACUCAAGGUCUGUGUUCCUACGCAUCGAGCUGCCAGAGGGCCGCUACGUCAUCAUACCCACGACCUUUGACCCCGGCCUGGAGGGAGACUUCCUGCUCCGCAUCUUCUCUGACGUGUCGUCAGACUGCAAGGAGCUGACUGUAGACGAGCCUCCACAGACCUGCUGGUCAGGGUUGUGUGGUUAUCCCUCUCUGGUCACUCAGGUCCACAUACUGAGGGCUGACGGACUCGCAGGUCAAGACUCUGAUGGAGUGUCAGACCCCUACGUGAUCAUUCGCUGUGAAGGAGUGAAGGUUCGCUCUCCGGUCCAUAAAAACACACGCAGCCCCGUCUUCGACACCAAGGGGCUCUUCUACAGGAAGAAAACCAAACAACCAAUCACCAUUGAGAUCUACAACCAUAACGUGUUGAUGGACUCCUUCCUGGGUCAGGUGACGUUGCCAGCUGAGCAAGGUGAAUUCCAGCAGACGCUCCACCUGAGGGACAAGGGCAAUCGCCGUGACAACGACCUCCCUGGUACCCUCACCGUCGCCAUACUGAGCAACACUUCGCUCACCAACAUCUGAGACAGGCUACCAAACCGUCCGAUCAGGGCAGAUUCAGCUGAACCAAAGUUUACCAAAUGACCAGUUUACCACUAAGUCUUCACCUGUGGGUCUUUACCUGUGAGUCUUUACCUGUGAGUCUUUUCCUGUGAGGUCAAACGUUCAGCCUGAACACAGGGUUUACGUUUUACAGAAUUACUAUAGAAAACGACACGUGCAGCAGGAGGUCUGCAGACAUCAUCAGAGGAAGUAAUGACAAAUACAAACACAACAAACCUAAUUCUUCUCUUCAGUUUCAUGCCCAUCAAUGUGUGUUUGCGAAAUGAUUUACAGCGCCUGUAUUGUGUGUCUGAAUAUCCUGAAAACAUGAAAUUGUUAUUUUUACCAGUUCAUAAACAUUGUUUACAGUC